GCCCUCGCUAAAUCAUAAUUGAGUUUAGCUUGAGUGUCUCCGGAAAAGAGAAAAUGGGUAUCGAAAUUGGUGGCUAUAUCGAGAAAGUUGAUGGUAAAGAUCUAAAGUACAGUGAGUUCGUGGAGAAAUAUUUGUUCAAGAACCAACCAGUUGUGUUAACGGGUAUCAUGGACGACUGGGGGGCUUGUAAAGACUGGGUAACAGAUAAUGGGCACCCGAAUCUCCGGUUCUUCGAAACCUGUUUCGGCAAAUCCAAAGUUCAGGUUGCCGAUUGUGGUACUAGAGAAUUCACAGAUCAGAAAAGAUUAGAGAUGUCAGUCUCAGAGUUUGUUAGUCAAUGGCGUCCGAAUUCUGCUGAGGAGCAAACUGAUGAUUCUACAUGCGAUACGAAUGGCAAGUCCACUCUCUAUUUGAAAGAUUGGCAUUUUGUGAAGGAAUACCCAGAAUAUUUAGCAUACAGAACUCCGCUGUUUUUUUGUGAUGACUGGCUGAACAUCUAUCUCGACAAUUACCGUCUGCAUAAGAAUUCUGACAUUUGUCAAGAGAAUAAUGAAAUAAGUUGCUCUGACUAUCGUUUUGUUUAUAUGGGAGCAAAAGGCUCUUGGACACCCCUGCAUGCCGAUGUUUUCAGGUCAUAUAGUUGGUCAGCUAAUAUUUGUGGGAAGAAGAACUGGUUUUUUCUUCCUCCUAAUCAGAGUCAUCUUGUGUUUGACAGGAACAUGAAAAAUUGUGUAUUUAACCUCUUUGAAGACAUUAAUGAAACUAUGUUUCCUGGUUUUAAGAAGGCUACUUGGUUGGAGUGUGUUCAAGAACGUGAUGAAAUCAUCUUUGUGCCCAGCGGCUGGUAUCAUCAAGUUCAUAAUCUGGAAGAUACAAUAUCGAUAAACCACAACUGGUUCAACGCCUAUAACAUUUCUUGGGUGUGGGAUUUACUAUGGAGGGACUAUGAGGAGACUAAUGGAUACAUAGAGGACAUGAAAGACAUUUGUGAAGAUUUUGAAGCACUUUGCCAACGUAAUCUUGCUGCCAACACAGGCAUGAACUUCUAUGACUUCUUCAUCUUCAUAUUGCAAUUCUCUUUGGCCAACGUGGUGCAACUUCAUAAUUUAUAUAAAAAUUAUGAGCAUCCAAUUUUGUUUUCACAUGUAGGCCAAAAUUUGGCUCUAAAUCUUGUGUCUAUCCAGAAGAUUUUGUUGAAGAUGAAAUCCAUCGAUGGCUUGCCAGAAAAUAAAAGCAAUGUGGAUUUGAGAGAAGUGCUUGAUGAUCCUGAUUUUCUUAAAUUGUGCACGAGUCUGGACAGAACAUACAGCAUGAUCCAUGAGGAACAGCACAGAAGCUUUGAUGCAAAGGACACUUUGAUGGUUAAGUUGGGGGACCAUAGUCAGAUUUCUUCCAUUGAAGAUCUUAUUUCAUUCAUUGAUCAUGCUGUUUCAGAAUACUGUGGCACCAAGGAUAAGGAAAACAUUGUAUCAACGGGGUGAUGUCCGCAUGAUCUGAUUCACAAGAAGUAAUCUUCAUCUUUGGCUAGACUCUCCGUAAAAAUGCUGCUGCUUGGAAUACUGAGAAUGGAGACAUAUCUGGAUUCUUGGAGUGAUCAACAGCUGUUUCAGAUUGAACUGCAGAGAGAAAUCAGGUACAGGCGCUAAAUUGUGGUUCAUCAACUGCAUACUUGGGAAUUUUGAACCAAUCAUUUAUAACCUAAUUGAAAGAUAAAAAAACAAGUGUAAUAGGGUGUUAGAUUUUAAUUUAUGUUAAUAAGUAAAAUUGCUUAGCAAAUAUAUAAAAAUUAUCACAUAUUCCAAUAUUUUGUCGACUUCAGUUAUUAACAUUCCCGGGAAGAAAUGCUAAAACGAAGUUCUUAGCUAAGUGAGAAAGAUAAAUUCUCCAGAUGUAUGUUGAUUAAUGCAAUCCAGUUCAGGGAACAUGCUGAUGCACUUUUAUUGUAAAAGAAAAAAAUCUAU